UGAAAUCCGCACCAGUGUCAGUUCAGCUCCUGUCGGUUCGGCUGAAGAGGAGGAAAGUGACUCGUGUUAUCGACAUGCGUUCGUUCCAAGUAGUAAUUUUGGCCGCAGUGUGCGCCGCUGUGAGUGCUGGGUACAUCGGUCACGCUGGGUUUGGUGGAUAUGGCGGCUACGCCGGCUUCGAUAGUGGCUACGCCGGAGACAAUCAUGCUGACUAUUAUGCUUACCCAAAAUACGCCUUCGACUACUCCGUGAAGGACCCCCACACCGGCGACCAUAAGACCCAGUGGGAGACCAGGGACGGCGAUGUCGUUAAAGGUGCGUACUCUCUAGCGGAACCCGACGGUACUACUCGCAUCGUGGAGUACACUGCCGACAAGCACAACGGUUUCAACGCGGUGGUCAAGCGCAUUGGACACGCACACCACCCGCAGAUCUACGGCAACCACUACGACGCUGGUUACCUCGGCUAUCACUAGAUGGCGCCGCGCUACUAAAUAGUUACCAAUAACCACAAUAGAUGGCGCUAAGCUAAGUUUUAUAUCAGCGCUCAACGUACCUUCAAAAUCAGUCACUGUGAUAUUGUAAUGAAAACUGAUUUAUAUUUAUUGCAAUUUGGUAUCGAUGGAAGAAAACAAAUCUAGUUUUAAGUAAAACAAUCAGUUGUUAUUUUUUAUACUAAAGAAAAUAAAUUAAAUAGAAAAUAA